AUGGAAGAGGCUCAUGAUCACUUUCAUGUGGAAUUCUUCAUCUUGGUUGUCUACAAUUUCCUGGCCAUCUUUUUAUCUUAUUCGGUCGUUGUUCUUACAAUCGGACUAGAAGGAGAAAAUGUGAAAACCACUGUGACACUUCUAAUUAUCAUAUUGGUACCUUACUUCAUCGGAUUGGUUUAUAUCAGUGUCGUAUGGCAACUUGCUAGUGUAGUCUCGGUGAUGGAAGAAAGCUAUGGUAUUAAAGCUAUGCUCAAGAGUAGGGCUUUGAUUAAGGGGAAAAUAUGGGUUUCAUCUUUCAUUUUUAUAAAGCUUCAAAUCUUGUUUAUCGGUAUCCUAAUGGCGUUUAAGGCGUUGGUUGUUCAUGGGUAUUCAUUUGGAGAUUUCUUUGUGAUAAGGUAUUCAUUUGGAAUUUGGGGGAGAAUUUGUUUGGGGAUAUUUUUCAUCGUUUUAUUGACUCUGUUGAUUCACUUUGCACUUGUGAUUCAAACUGUCAUAUAUUUUGUCUGCAAAUCUUGCCACCAUGAGAACAUCGAUAAGUCUGGCUUAGCGGAACAUUUGGAGGUUUAUUACUUGGGGGAUUAUGUUCCUUUGAUGAGGGAUAAAGAUGUUCAGUUGGAACAAUUUCAUGUUUGA